AUGGGAAGCUGUGGAGCAAAAUCUGAAAACAAGCAAUAAAUGAGCAAAGAAUAAAAGUGUAAAAAUGAUCUUAUUUUCAAAAUAGCACUUGCUAUCAGUAAAUUCGAAGUCGGUCCAGACAUCUUCAUUAACUUAAAGACAGGAGAUAUCACAGACAAUUAUAUCAUGAAUAAAAUCUUAGGAGAAGGUAUACUGAUAUUUUUAGUUUCAAGGUUCGUAUGGUCAAGUAAGAUUAGUCUAACAUAAGAAAUCUGGUCAAUAAAGAGCUAUGAAACAGAUUUCAAAGAAAAAAAUAAUCAAAGAAUAAGAAGAAGCUAUGUUUAGUGAGGUUUAUUUAUUGAAAAACAUGGAUUACCCUAACAUUGUCAAAUUAUUUGAGCUGUACCAAGACAGCCAAAAUUACUACCUAGUAACAGAGUAUCUGAAUGGGGGAGAACUACUUGAAAAGCUCACCAAAUUACAAACUUUUAAUGAAAGAAUGGCAGCAGAAUAUAUGAAAUAAGUUUUAUCAGCCCUUGCCUAUUGUCAUGCUUAGAAUAUCAUUCAUCGGUAAUUCCCUAUUCAAAUAGUAUAGCGAUAUGAAGCCUUCUAAUAUUAUGUUAGCCUCCACAGACCCAUAAUCCAAAAUCAAAGUUAUAGAUUUCGGAACUGCUAAAAGAUUUGUUAAUGGUCAAACUUAGACUUAAAUAAUAGGAACUGUAAUUUUAAUGGUUAUACUUAAUUUAGCCCUUAUAUCUUGCUCCAGAGGUGAUUGAUAAAAAUUAUACCGAAAAAUGUGACAUUUGGUCUUGUGGAGUAAUCUUAUAUCAAAUCUUAACUGGGAAAUUUCCAUUUGAGUCUAAGGUUUCGAAUUUACAGCAACUUUUCAGCAACAUUAAAUCUGGCAAAUAUAAUUUUACAGCCAAGGAGUUUACUACAUUAUCAUAUGAAGCUUAAGAAUUGAUAAAAUCAAUGUUGCAAUUCGAUCCAAACAAAAGACCCUCGGCUUAAAAGAUUUUAGAUGAUCCUUGGAUAAAAGAGAAGGCUCGGGAAGAGAAGAUUAGUGCAGAUGUCUUGAAUGAAUUAGGCAAAUUUAGAGUACUAUCUUAUUUUUACCAUUUAGAAUGAAAGCAAUAUGAGAGCUGCCAUUUUGUAGUUGAUUGCAGGUUCAGUUAUGUCUAAUGAGGAGAAAGAUUAACUUACAUCAACAUUCCAAAGCAUGGAUAAAAACAAGGAUGGAUAAUUAUCAAAAGAAGAAUUAGUAUAAGGUAUUAAAUUUUAAUUAUCUAAUAGCAUACACAAAGGUAUUUAAUGAUGAAUUAAAGGCCAAGCAUUUAGUUAAUUAAAUCUUUGAUCAAAUAGAUCAAAAUAACUCUGGAAAAAUAAGUUAUACUGAAUUCCUUGUAGCUUCUGCUAAGCAAAAUAUUAUACUUUCUAAAACUAAAAUUGAUUAGGCUUUUAAAUUGUUUGAUAAAGUAAUGUCUGUUUAAAAUUUAUAGGAUGGUAAUGGGGUUAUUUCGAAAGCAGAGUUAUAAGAUAUCAUGUGUGGAAUCAAUAUUGACAAUGCUGAAUGGAGUCAGAUAAUUUAAUAAUGUGAUAAAAAUAAUGAUGGAAAUAUCUAAUAUGAAGAAUUUUCUUCUAUGUUAUUGGCAGUAGCCAAAAUGUGA